AUGGAGGAAUGGAUAAGAGAGCUGGAAAGAAUCUUUGAACAUAUCGAGUGCACUGAUGCCCACAAAGUUUCAUGUGCUGUCUUUCAAUUCUGCGAGGAUGCUAGCCAUUGGUGGGAGUCCUUCAAGCGAUCAAUGACCGAACAAGCGCGACAAGGGUUGACAUGGAAUAGGUUCAAGGAGAUUGUGACCAACCAAUACUUUCCACGCUCCUACCGCAAUCAAAAGGAGGCCGAAUUCUUGGAUCUCAAACAAGGAGAGCUAUCUAUCACCGACUACGAAAUGAAGUUCAACCAGCUUUCACGCUAUGCCACACGCCUAGUCAAUACCAAUGACCAAAAAACGGAUAGGUUCUUAAGGGGACUACGACCAUAA